GAAUUUUUCCCAUCGUUCGCCAUCGACUGUGCUCGAUGUUUGAAACUCCACGGACGCGUGUUCCUUGCAGGACCUUCGGCAAUCCAUUCAAGCCAGCAAGUUUGGAGAGCGUGUUGAGUUUAAUCAAUUCAUAACGUCGAGAUGGAGCCGAACUCACUGAAGUGGGUGGGCUCGUCUUGCGGUUUACAUGGACCAUAUAUAUUCUAUAAAGCCUUUAAAUUGAACCGGGACUGCAAACCGAGGAUUCUGUCCCUCGGAGACUUCUUCUUCGUCAGAUGUAAACCGGAGGAUCCUAUUUGCAUAGCGGAGCUUCAGCUGCUCUGGGAGGAAAGAACAAGCAAGCAACUUUUAUCAAGCUCCAAACUUUAUUUUCUACCCGAGGAUACUCCCCAGGGACGGACAGUCGCUCAUGGAGAGCACGAGGUAAUUGCAGUGUGUGAGAAGGUGGUUGUGCGGCUGGAGGACCUGGUGAAGUGGACGCUACCGGACGUCUCAGGAUGGGCCCACGGUCUGAAGGCCGAGCCCCUCAAAGCCUCCGUGCUCCGGGAGCUGGGGACCAACGGGAGGCGCGAGGCCCUGCACCGCUACCGGGAGAGCACCUUGACCAGCGGACUCAACUUCAAGGAUGUCCAGAGGGAGAGGGCACAGCUAGGCCAGGAGGAGGACGGACGGAAGGUGCUGGUCCUCAGCUAUCCCCAGUACUGCCGCUACCGCUCGGUGCUGGCUCGGCUCAGCCAGCAGCCGUCCUCCCUGCUCAUCGACCACACGGUGCUGGCGCUGGGCGGCAUCGCUGCGUUGGGCGGCAGCACGAGGAUCCUGUACUGCCGGGAUACCUUUGAGCAUCCGGCCCUGCUGCAGAACGAGAGCAUCUGCGACGAGUUCGCUCCCAACCUCAAAGGGCGACCUCGGAAGAAGAAACUGUCCAUUUCUCAGAGGAGGGACUCCCUGGGUCAGGCUCAGGGUCAAGGGUCAUCGGGGUCAAGCCAGGGAUCAGCGGCGGUGGCAGCACAGGACCCCUGCAGCCCUGAGAGCAAAACUACAACCAAGGUCAAACCCAACUGCAAGACGGUACCCAACGGAAAACUGCCGCCAGCCGCCAGAUACAAGGCCAACGGCCUCAGCAAGAGGUCCUCCGCAGAGGAGAAGGAGAGAGGCAAGGAGAAGGAGAGAGAAAAGGAGGAGAGAAGCGAGAGGGAGGAGAAUAAAGAGGAGGAAACAUCAGAGGAGAGUCGAGCGGAGGAGCAGACUUUCUUAGUAUCACUGUACAAGUACAUGAAAGACAGAGACACGCCCAUAGAGAGGAUUCCCUUCCUCGGCUUCAAACAGAUCAACCUUUGGACCAUGUUUCAAGCUGCUCAGAAACUUGGAGGAUAUGAGUUGAUCACCGUGCGCAGACAGUGGAAGCACGUAUAUGAUGAAUUGGGCGGGAACCCCAGCAGCACAAGUGCAGCCACGUGUACACGGAGACACUACGAGAGGCUCCUCCUCCCUUACGAGAGGGAGAUUAACGGUGAGCAGGACAAGCCCCUCCCCUUGGCCAAACCCAGGAAGCAGGAGGUCAGCCAAGAGAAGGCCCCGGGACCCAAAGCCAAAGUAGUGGGGGCCAAGAAAUUGAAAGGCUCCAGCAAUCCCAAGCUGGGGAGUAGAAAGGACGGCGGGGAGACGCUGAACAGCCAAGAACAAUCACAGGACUCGGACGAGAAAGAGGAGGAUCAGGAACUCUCUGAAGCCGUAAAACAGGAGGCGUCUCUGAGAGAUGAACCGAUUCUAAUCGAGGAGGAGGAAGAGUUACACGUCACUCUGAAGAAAGAGGAGUCUUUGGAAGUGGAACAGCCAUCAUCACUGUGCCCCAAAGAGCCGGACUGCAGAGCGCCGCACCCUAGCCUUCCCCUCCACUUGGGGCCUGGUCCCCAUCCCGAAUGGAGGCAAAUCACUGAGGCCCUCCAAGCAAAACUGACCAGUGAACAGCAAACUGAAGGGCAUUUCAUUCCUAAGAACCCGUACCUGCCUCACCGCUGGGAUCAGAACAAAUCAGCAGGACACGUUGCUCUGCCCGAGGCCUCCUCCAGGGUCAAAGACUCUAUAGAGAGUCACGGUGGGAGAGUGGGGAAGGUGUUACCCAUGUGUAAGCAGGCGGACAUACAGUGUAUAGACUUGAGCACAGACUCCUUCCCAGAGAAAGAAGACUAUGGGGUCACUAAGAAGGAGACUUCCCAAAGCCCUGCACAGACGGCUGCCUACUGCAAAGCCAGUCAGGGGGUCAUGUCGCCUUUGGCUAAAAAGAAGCUCCUUUCCCAAGUGUGCGAGUCCAACCCCUUCUCCUUUACGUCUCCUUCCCUUCAGCCUCAAACAGUUGCGUCUUCACUCAUACCAGUGGCAGACAGGGACAAGGAGAGGAAGAAGGGUGAGGAGGAGGUGCUAGGACAGCGGCACGGUUGCGCGUCAGAGGCCAUAUCGGAGGUAGCGCCCAUAUUCAGGCCAUCGGUCAUUCAGCACGCCCAGAGCAGCAAGCCCCAACAACAAGCCGCGUCAGAGAGGAGCGCUGUCGGGGAGCUUUCAGAGACAUUCAGCUGCCGGACGAGCCAUCACCUUCAGCCUCAUGUCACUCCGCCGUGGCAGCCCUAUCUCCCCCGAACCCACGCCAAGGACAGCGUGGAGUCCGGGGAGAAGCUACUCCAAGGCCCAGCCGCUCAUGCGCGGAGCUACGUAGGCGACUGCUACUCCUCCCCUCACCUCCACAGUCUGUACAGGCAGACUGAGAACUGUCUGAGCCAGGAGAGGAUGGUCAGCUUUGCCAACGGCGAGCGGAGAGAGCACUACACCAGGGAGCGGGAAGGAGGCCAGGGCUUCGUUUGUGGCGCCCUGGAGCAGGAGGGCCUGGCCUACAGGUCUCACUACAGUGACAGGACUCAAACCCAUGGGGAAAGUAGAGAGGCUGACGACGAGCCCAGAGACUUCACAAUUUCUAAACCUCUCUCUCAGAGGGUGUCCUCUUUCUCCAAGCCCUCCUUCUGCAGCCUACCGUAUCCCAUCAUGCACCAGGGGUUGGACUCCCACCCUAAGGCCUGCAGGGUACCCCCUAUGACAAUCUCUUCUCCCAAACAGAGCUCAGCAGAGUCGUCGCAGCCGUUCCCCAGCCCCAAAGCCUCGAGCGACGCGCCCCUCACCAUCUCCAUUCGACCCAGCAAGCGGAGCCUAGCGGAGCCCGAUAACGAGGAAGUCCCAGAGAGGAAAGUCCGAGUGGUGACGCCGAUCCACCCCGCCUGCUCGAUCCGACGCAGUGACCCAGAGGAGCUGAAGCCAGCCGAGCCAGCCCACGCUGUUCACCUCAACAACCAUCUCCCAGAGGGCCACCCAGCAAACAGCUUCCCCCCAGGCCUGGCCGCACACCUCUACGGCGGCCUGUACCCGCACGGCAGCCUGGUGUCCCCGGGGACACAGGACGGGCUCCAGCACCACCCGGGUCUGCAGUACCUGAAGAGCCAGUCGGCCGUGUCCCCCCUCAUGCCCUCAUUAGCCUUCCACCCCAUGAUGCUCCACAGGCAGCUGUUGGCCUCCAGCCCCAGCCCGCACCACUUCUACCGGCACCCGGGUGGUGCUGCACUGUACGGGGACCUGAUGCACCACCUGUACCCCCUCUCCACCCUGCCGCCUCAGCUGUCCUCGGUACACCCCAGCACCAGACUGUGAGGGAGAGGGGGGGGGGGGGGGAUUUCUUCCCUCUCCUUCCUUCUCCGUAGAAACUUUUUCAGCUUGUUUUUGUCUGUCUGUCUCUUUGCUCGGGGAUUGUGGCUCAGCCGAAGAAAAAAAACUGAUUAUAAACUUUGGCUGACAACAGACGGAUAAACUCGUCAGUCGGGCAGACUGACAAUUCCAUUUCCUCUUUUUUUAUUUGUAUAUGCAUUUGUUUAUAUACGUUGCACUGUUCGUUACCUUUUUUUUGUUUGUAUCACCACUUACUGUAUCUGUUUUUUUGUUGUUGUAUCCUUAUUUGCACAAUGCUCAUGUGUAUGUGCCCACAAAUCAGUUCGUCACUCGAAGCCACCGUGAGUCAGGUCGUUGCUCUGGAUGUGUGAGAAGUGGAGGGCAACAGAGAAAAGCCAUUUGUUUACUGCGUCUGAGGGCUAAACUUUGUUGCUAACAAACACUACAAGUGACAGGACGACGUAAAUGAAAUUCUUUAUAUAACUCGGGGGUGCGUUCACCCUCGCCGAGAAAUCAAUGUGCGACAGCUGUUUGACGCAUUACUACACUUUAGGCCGCCUGUGGUGUUGUAUCUGUUUACAUGUCUCCACGCUGAAAGCUGUUGCCUCUUUGUGCCACAGUCAAAUCCACCUGGAAUCCUUAGGAAUAGACGUUAAGAGUCACCGCAACACGAGAUAGAUUCAUCUUCACAUUCAGAGGUGCUGUGUAUGACAGAUGUACUGUUAUACGCUUUCUUUUUUUUACACAGUUCAGGUUAUUCUUCGUUAUCUAUUUCAGUUCUGACGCAGCAGAAGCAGUCAUCCUGUCCGGAUCUGCUGACAAAUCACGAAUGUUUAUUUUUGUUCCUUAAAUGAAAAAGUCAUUUUAAUUCAUACUUUCUUAAGUGAAAGUAGUUUGACCCCCAAAACGCCUGUGAUGAGCAGAGAGUAGCAGCCUGUUUGUGUCUGAAGGACCAGCAUCAUGAUGCAGCCAUCUGCUGUGGAAUGCUCACCACAAGAAAAUCUGCAUUUCAUCUUUUUUGUUCUUGACUUGAAACCCACCCCCCCCCCCAACCCCCCUAUGCGAACAAGCUCUUUAACUCAACGUGCUAAAAAACACUCGCUGUACGAUUUAACGGGAAUGUUGUCACUUAGGAUAUUAUUGCUUUGCAAAUAUCUGUGCCUUUCACAGUCUUGGAUUAGAGUUAGCACUACAGUUGUUAAGGUUUAUCUCCUGUAGCAGGGUAGGAAUAUAAAUAAUACUGUCGCUCCCGUCUGAAACGCAGCACACAGACGUUCAUGCAGAAACUACAUGGCACACGUGACUAUCAGACACCAGACUUGAUUGGUCUGGCACAGGAUUUAUAGGUAUGCAUUAACCCUAAUGGUUCGUUUUUUGUGCUUUCAAAUGAAUCCAUUCACUUCGCUUAACCGCGCCAGGUAGCCAAUUAUAGAGAGAACCUGAAAAGAUUUUUCCCAUAGUUACUAUUGACACAUGUCAGGCGUCCACGGGGCAUGUGUGCUCUAUGUGUUCUCUGAAAAGGUACCAGACUCCAUAAAGUAUGCCUCCCGUGCUCCAGCGCCCGGGGCAGCAAGACGACACCUGCUCUGGCUUUUUACAACCACUAUUAUUGCAAUCCAGGAUAGUCCACAGUGAACAUGUCUGGUGUCUCAAAGGAAGCGGAGGAAAAAAAGAAGCUGUAAAUGUGGAUGUGUAAAGUUUUACUGAAUACUUAAAGACAUUCAUUUCUGAUUAAGUACUGUACAUUGCUGUGUGUAGGUAGAACUGGUGUCAGCGCCGGCUCCUGUACAGAACGUUCACGCGGGAUCAACUCACAACAACCCCCCUCUCUCGUCUUAUUUUCUGUGUAAAUAGCACUGUAGAUAAUAUCGCGUGGUUGUUAUCAUAUAAACUGUUAUAAUCUGUACAUAGUAUUAAAAAAAAACAGUAUAAAAGUCGGUUACACAAUCUAGCUGUGUCCUUGUUUGCUCUGUUUCAAGGUCACCGUGAUCAUGUUAGAUUUAAACCAACACUACAGUUUAAGAAUUAGGAUACUCUCUAUUUUUUUUUUUUUUUUUUUAUUUGUUGUCGUUUCACUUUUCUUUCCUCCAUGUUGUUUCCAUUAAUGUGCAUCCUGAAAGUGUUUUUGAUACAGUAGCCAUCUGUUUACCAAUCAUCCAGCUGGCGAGCAAAAGAAAAAAUAGACAUUUUGUAUAUGACCUCCUGUAUAUUUAAUUAAAAUAUUUUACUAUCUA